AUGGCAAAAUCUAACGCUGCUUACAAAUGUACAAUAAACCCUAGAAUAGCAACACUUAAGGAACGACGCAAGAUAAUACCGGGAUGCCUGUGUCGAUCGUCUCGUGCCGCAUUUGCAUAUUGUGUCGCCUGUGCCGAUCGUGUCGUGCCGCUUGUGCCGAUGGCGCUUCCUUUGAUUAAUGGUAAUUCCGAUGUCGAUUUGAUAACUUACGGUACAGGACAAUAUGGUGUCAUUCGUGCCUUUCUGCUUGAUCGUGUUAAUUAUCAUUUAUCAUCAAGAACUAUACCAAUUCAAGGUCAUGAUGAAACAACGACAGAUACAGAACACGAAGAAGUUUAUGAGGGCGAACGAUAUUCUUCGCUGGAUUCACCCCCACAAGAAGAUAAUGUUUCCACCAAUAUAUCUGUUCUUAGAAAAAAUGGUGCAGCUGAAAGGUAUUCAAUAGGAAAAACAUGUGGAAUGGUUUAUACAGAUGAUGAUUCUGAUGAUACAAACUCUGAAUAUUCGAGUACUCAGCCUGUAAACAACGAUCCACUUUAUCGUGUUAGAACAUAUGAAUCUAAUGGCUAUUAUGGUUCUUCUUCUUGUGGGAACUUUGCUGCUGAAAAGGUAACAUGCACUAGAAACCUGCAUUAUGAGAAGCUCUAUGAUGAUCAUGAUGAUGCUCCAUUCUUUGAUUCUGCUAAAGAAAUCAAACAAAGUACUGAUCCAAGAGAACAAGUGCUUACUUCAAGAGUAAACUCUCAUAUAAUAAAUACACAUGAAACUGUUACUGGAUCACUUCAAUUCCCUACAUUUCAUGCCAGUUCACAAGGGCCAUGGCUUUCUGUGAUUGCAUACGAUGCAUGUGUUCGAUUAUGCCUCCGUGCCUGGGCAGAACAAUGCAUGGAAGCUCCUAUUUUCUUGGAAUCUGAAUGCGCUUUGUUGCGAAAUUCAUUUGGAUUACAGAAUAUAUUAUUGAAACCAGAGGAAGAGCUGUUGGAAAUACAUUCUUCUAUCCAAUCUAAUGAGAUAGCUGUCACUAAACCUAGGAAAAUGGUUGGGAAGAUGAAGGUUCAAGUAAUAAAGGUAAAAACAGCUAUGGAUCCACCAACUGGCUUCAACUUAUCAUCCCUGAGUUCAAAAAAGAUCAAGUUGUAUACUACUGUUGUUCAAUAUAAGCUCUCUAAUAUUCAUGUAAGACUUUCCUCUGGCUGGAGAGCAGUUGGAAGAAUACGUUUUACUCGUGAGAGAAUACCUUCAAACCGUUCAUUUUCACGCAAGAACAUGGCUACUUAUGUACGGGCUAGUUCUCGGUAUGUCAAACAGGUCUCCAGAUUGGUGAAAGUUGGCGUGAAAACUUUGCGCAGCAAUUCAUCUUCUCGUGAUGAAGGUGUCCCAGUCCCAGCAGAAGCAACAACAUACACUUGUUCCUUGCGAUUGAAGAGUUCAAGCGAAGAAGAGGCUGUUCGUCUGAAUCCUGGAUCGGGUGAAACUCAUGUUUUUUUUCCAGAUAGCUUAGGAGACAACCUCAUUGUUGAGAUUAAUGACUCUAAGGGAAACAAAACAGGCCGAGUUGUUGCCCAAAUAGCUGAGGUUGCUGAAGAUCUGGGCGAAAAGCUACGAUGGUGGACCAUUUAUCGCGAACCUGAGCAUGAGAUUGUUGGAAAAUUACAAUUGUAUAUUAAUUAUUCAACAACAUUGGAUGAGAACAAUCUUAAGUUUGGCAAUAUUGCAGAAACAGUUGCAUAUGACUUAGUAUUAGAAGUAGCCAUGAAGGUUCAGAAAUUUCAACGAAGAAAUUUAUCGCUACACGGGCCAUGGAAAUGGUUACUAAUCGAAUUUACGACUUAUUAUGGUGUUUCUGAUGCAUACUCCAAAUUAAGAUAUCUAUCCUAUAUUAUGGAAGUAGCCACUCCAACAGCAGAUUGUCUCACAUUGGUUUAUGAUCUCUUAUUUCCUGUCAUUAUGAAAAGAGGAGAUGACAUUAAAAGAACAUUGAGCCACCAAGAGAACCGAAUAUUAGGAGAUGUCGAGGAACAAAUCAACCAGAUUCUCGGUCUGGUUUUUGAAAAUUACAAAUGUUUGGAUGAGAAUUCACAAUCAGGAAUGAAGGAAGUUUUCAUCCCUUCAACUGGCAUUGCAGCACCUGCCCUGGAGCCUGCUGUGAAACUUUUCACUCUUCUUCAUGAUAUUUAUUCCCCUGAAUCUCAAGCAAAACUAUACGCCUAUUUUCAGGCUGCUGCUAAGAAGAGGGCAAGAAGGAAUCUGACAGAAACAGAUGAGUUUGUGACAGGCAACAAUGAUGCUGUCUUGAUGGAUCCUGUUACUAAUUCUACUGCUUAUAAAAAAAUGAAAUCUCUUUGUUUGAACUUCAGAAAUGAAAUUUUCACAGAUAUGGAAAUCCACAAUCAGCAUGUUCUCCCUGAAUUUAUAGAUCUUCCAAAUUUGUCAUCAGCUAUAUAUUGCGUAGAAUUGAGCAAUAGAUUGCGUAGAUUUCUGAUCGUUUGCCCACCAAUUGGACCAACACCUCAUGUAACAGAACUUGUCAUUGCAACUGCAGAUCUUCAGAAGGAUCUUUGUAAUUGGAAUAUUAAGUGA